AUGUCUGUCAAUGUAUUAGUGGUGUUGAGCGCAGAUGAAGAGAACUACGACAAGACGUGUCUAAUGGACUCCAUCUGUAAGAGGGGUGGCGUGAAAACGAACUCUCCCUGUCAUCAGAUGCACGCGCCCUACGAUAAUGUAACCGAUGAUGAUUUCUAUGAACUCUUAUCCACUAAUUGUCCGCAUUAUUUCAACCAUAAAGUAAUCCUGGGUUUUGCACGAGAACUGUUACAUCGGUUGUGCUGUUCGCCAGAACAGGAGGAGUCAGUCACUCGACUACUAAAUUACGCCGAUUUAAUCAGCAGGUCGUGUCCCGCGUGCGCUGUCAACGCCAAAAAGUACUUUUGUAACAUGUAUUGUCUCCCGAACCAGAACCAAAUGAUCAAGAUCGAAAAGACGUCGGUGUUGAACGUGUCGUACGUCGUGUCCAAAAAAUUUGCGCAAACAUUAUUCGAGUCGUGUUAUGACGUGAAACUAUUUGGCGGAUACCUUAUGGACUUGAAGUACACUUGUGGCCAACACAAGCGCGACAAUUGUGACGCUACUAAGUUUCUGACCACAUUGGGUGCCUUAUCGCAGAUGCCAUUAGUCAUACACCCGGUCAUUACCGACAAGGCUUGGGUGACGAUUGGGGGCCACAGCUAUACGCCAAUGUCGACCGACGCCUACCAGUGUUACGAAGCGCCGCCGGGCGAGAACAAGUGCUCGUGCGAUAAUUGUGACCACAGGUGUAACGAAACCAUGUCAACGGUGUUGUGUCGAUACGGCUCUAACGACACAAUUACUGUCAAAAUGUGUGACCCGGAGUUCAUCACCGAUCAGACGGCUCAGGCACUCGAGAAAUGCGAUACCGAUUAUUAUGAAAGUAUGCAAAACGUUUGGAAACUGGCGCAACAACCUACACCAGCUGAUUGUUUGAAAAAUGUCACUGAAACUGUGUCAAAAUAUACCAAGUUGAAAGAUUCAAAACAUCAGGAUUAUAUAAUGCGCCGGUGCAGUAGAGAUUAUGAGCAUUGUCUGUAUAGAGUUGACCGCAGUCAGUAUCGUGAAAAACGAAUGGAGAAUGAAAAGGCCCGAGAUUUGCGUGAAAAGUGCGCUUGGUUUAAAAUAACAACACUGGAUAAUACCAGUAUUACCAGCAGCAAUAUAAAGUUAAGCAUCGUUGAAUUGGCGCUCGUAUUACUAGUGUUUCAAUCGUCGGUGUUGUGUCGGUUCGGGUCUAACGACACGACUACUGUCAAAAUGUGUGACCCGGAGUUCAUCACCGAUCAAACACUUGAGGCGAUUGACAAAUGCGAAACUGAUUAUAGUAAACAAAGAACUGAGUGGUGGAAAAAGGACUGUAUCAAAAUCGCGCUUGUAUUUAAAACUAUCGACAAUCAAAAUACUGAGCAGGAUAAACAUCAAAUACAUCAAGAUAAUGAUCAUGAUCAACAAAUACCAACUGAUCGCCACAACAUAGCCAACAACUGGUCAAACAAUCCCUUACUUCACAACGACUGCGAUUACGCCAUAUAUUGUAAAUGUCACACAAGAACUCAUUGGACUCAAGAGGAAGUGGACAACACUCGCCGAUAUUUGCAGUCGCGGUUCUACUACGAGUCGGCCGUACGGCCAGCCCUACCGGCCUGUCGUGCAGUAUAUAUACGGAAAAAUUGGAAAUGUUUAUCGCUUUCCGAAAGGACCCGAUUUAUAGCAGCCAUACGUAAACUGUACGAAAGGGGUGUCAUUCAGGCGUACAGUGAACUGCACAACAGGUGGUGGGCAGCCAUGCAUAAGACCGUGGAGUUUAUGGCGUUUCACAGGGCCUUCAAUCUGGCCAUCGAGAGAGAGCUUUGGAAAAUGGACCCAACUUUACCUGGUUUACCAUAUUGGGACGUUGGCACCGACUUUGCACAGCCCUGGAAAUCAUGUCUAUGGCGAGACCUGGGAUGGGGUGGACUAUACCGUAACGGGUGGUGCGUUAGGGACGGCACUAUUCAUCAUAACCUAUCCAUUGAUUUCCAGCCCCGGUGUACAAAACGCCAGUGGAAUUCAGACAACACGUCGCCACCGUUUUUCUCGCCUGAAAUCGAAACCUAUUGGCUUCAAAAUAGUAAAACAUUCUACGAUAUCAUGUUUGCUCUUGGUGAUUUUCACUUUGAUGUACAUUUGAGCAUUGGUGGUUGGGCGGGCGACGAAAGCGUACCAUGGGCACCUAAUGAUUUUACAUUCAUGCUCUAUCACAACACGUGGGACUCAUCGAUGUUGCGAUGGCAGCUGCAGAGCGCCGACAAGUUGGUGCCGGUCGACGGGUACGCCGACCCACGGCUAGCACUCGUCGACCCCGUGACCGGACACUGGAGGCCGUCCAACAUCUACGACAGAAUCACAUACUUUAACCGCUCGGCUGUUGAGUACUUUCACAUGGGUUUUGGCGAUUUGUGUUACGUUUACGACAAUAUGAUUGAACCAAUAAACCGCGUAAUGCGAGGCCAACCGCCGGCCAUACCGGUGGCCAUCGAUCGACUGACAAAACAAUUGCCCGCUAAGGUGCUGGCCAAAACUUUCCCAAUGUUUGCCCAGGGUCGGUAUGAUUUUACCACGAAUACUUUCGCCGAUUUGCCCCAACAUUGUAACAGCCGGUGUCGACCGCAGCCCUACUUUCAACGCUACAACGAGACACAGGCCGGCCGUAGGCUUAACACCGCGUUCAGAGUGGACCUGGAGUUGGAUAUUUGGGCCAUGCCUUUUCAGCCACUGUACUGGAAUUUAAUCCACGAUCUCAAUGCAUAUCGAUAUUGUAAUCCCGCCGUUAAUACAUAA